AUGCAUCCUCUCUGUCACAGUGAAGGUUUGGAGUUAUUUCUUUUAAUACUUGGUGAAGACAAAACACCUGCAACCUUUCCUCCUAACAUAUUAAAGAUUGCAGAAUCUAUUGCAUGGGAAUGCGAUGGUUUACCACUUGCAAUCAGUGUAAUGGCUAGAACCAUGAAAGGGAUUCAUAACAUUCAACAGUGGAGACAUGCAUUGAAUAAACUCGGAAGACUGGAGAUGGGGACAGAGAUGGAAGAAGAGGUAUCUGAGGAUGCAGAAUUCAUGAGAAACAUGGCAUGUCAUAUACUGAAAGAAUCUCAGAGAUGCAUAGUGAGAUGUGAUCAAAGACUGAGAGAAAUACCUCACUUGCAGGGAUGGACUGCUGAUUUGGACUUAGUUUCUUUGAAUAAAAACUUAAUAAGAGAGAUUCCGGUGGGCAUAUCACCCUAUUGUCCAAGCUUAUUAACCUUGAUUCUCAGAAAUAAUGACAUCAGUAGCAUUCCAGAAUGCUUUUUCACGCAUAUGAAAGCUCUAGCAAUACUUGACCUAUCUCAAAAUCACAGUUUAACCUCUCUGCCAGAUUCGCUGUCUGACUUGACUUGUCUUGUUUCUUUAGUUCUCAGAUACUGUUUAGAACUGAAAUAUGUGCCUACAUUGGGAAGGCUUCAAAAAUUGUCAAGGUUGGUAAUUUCAGGCACUUCAGUUGAGGUAGUUCCAGACUUGGAAAUGUUAACCAACUUGAGAUGGCUUGAUUUAUCUCACAAUGAAGAGCUGCCAAAAGAUCUUACCAAUCUCUCCAUUGAUUGUAAUGCGUGUUUGAAAAGCUUAUGUGAUGCUCUAUCAAAUACUGCUUCUUCUUCUUUGAUGAACAUAGAAAUUCAGAGUUGUGCAGAAAUGAAGAGCCUGUUUUGUUUAUUUGGUAAUUGUUCCUUUUGUAAUAAUCUCAACAACCUUCAAUCCUUGCAACUUCGUUGUUUGCAGAGCUUAAGAGUAAUUUGUAAGGAAGAUGUUGCUGACACUGUCUUACCAUGUGCCAUCUUCUCUCAUCUCAGGCAUUUUAAGAUCUCUUAUUGCAAUGAGAUAGAAACGUUGGUAACAGCAGGGUUAUUCUCCCAACUUCAAAACCUCCAGACAUUAACUGUAGACAGUUGUGAUUCAUUGACAGAAAUAUUCGCAGUGAACAGCAGUGAUGUUGAUAUUGAAUUAUUGAUGAUGGUGCUUCCACCAUUACACUCACCAACUUCACCACCCUGGAGUUGCUUGACUUGCCAAAAUUAG